AUGUCUCUUUAUCCUUCCUACGGUCUGCCGACGUUAAUAAAGAUUCCAGAGGCAUCCAUUAAGCAGAGCCUUCCAUCCUUACAACUUCCUCCCAUUGAUCUUAUCGAUUUUGAGAUGAGAAUUUUGCCAUCUUGUAAAUUUGUAGAAUUAUACGAGGAUGAAGAAGAUUCAGAUUACCCAGAAGCGGAAGAAAUGAUCGAUUUGAACUACAAGUUCAAUUCCGGACCUCAAAUCGAUUUCAUUGAGGUUCCUCUAGUUAAUACAGAAUUUGAUACGUAUCUUGACAGCAAAACAACUCUAAACCUUGAAGAAAUCGAAGAAGAACAAUACGAACUACUCGAUGAACCCGUAAUUACCUUCAAUCCAUUGAAAUUAAGGGUCUGUUCAAAAUUUGUUGAAUAUCCAAUUGAUUUCGACUUCAUUAUCCCAUGCAACUCUCCACAUAAGGAUAUUACUCCAAGUACAAUAGUUUUAGGCGAUUUUACCGAUACUCCUCCUUCAGAAUAUAAUAUCAAUCUGAAUCUUACCAAAAAAGAAGUUAAAUCGAUACCAAAAGUAUCAAACAAGACAAGUAUAAUGAAGCCUGCACCUAUUUCCAGCAAAGUAAGUAAAGCAAAUCCAAAUCUGAAGAUUACUUACUAUGAAACAGUUGAAGAUGUAAUCAGAGACAAAGAAUCAACAGAAAAGAGUUCAUUUCUAUCCAAAGGAAUCAUUUCGAAAGAAGUCAAGAAGAAGAAAGUUGAUUCAAAGUUAUUCCCUGAUAUUUCGAUCAAAAACGAACAAAACAACAAAGAAAUCAAAAGUGAAAUGACGAGUGAAGAGAUAAACAACCAAUUGAUUUCACUUAAACUGUCAAAAGAAGUCAGAAAUACUCCAAAAAUUGUUGAACAAAGUGUUUCUGAUAAAAACCAGUCAUCCGAUGACAAUUUACUUUCCAAUCUUCAUUUCUCUUCUGAUUCUGACCAAAAUCAGACAGAAACUAACGAUGAAAGUAACUCAUUGCAUCUGUUCGACACUAACCACAUCUUACAAGGAAAAGUUGUCAAAAAUAAGUCAAUUUUGUCAGAAAAGAAACAAACUUUUCUUGAAAAUGUCAAAAAUGAAGAAAAUUCUGACAAAAUCUUCAUUACUGACAGUUCUCAAGAAAAUUCUGACAAAAAAGAAACAGAAAUCAACAAAACUGUCAAAAAUGUUGAUAAAAAUGAUAGUUUACGUGAUAAUUCUGUCAUAAAUAUGUCAGAAAAUAAGAAAAUUGUCAAAAAUUCUGAAGAAACACUCAAAAAUGACAGUUUACAUGAGAAUUCUGUCAAAAAUGAGUCAGAAGACGGUAAAAUCGUCAACAUUGACAUUUUGCGCAAAAAAUCUGACGAAGUCAUACAAAAUGACGGUUUACUCGAAAAUUCUGAAGAAAGUGUCAAAAAUCAAAAUUUACAUGACAAAAAUCUUGACAAAACGAGGAAAUGUUUCAUUGCAGACAGUUCAUUUUCUAAUAAUGAGAUGUUCACUGAAGUAUUUGAUGACUGCAGAGUUAUUUACAGGAAGUUAAGUGAUCACCAAUUCGAAUUGAAUACGAAAGAAUGCGUGAUUAUGAAUGACAUGAAUUUGAAGAAUGUUUCAAAUUGUUUGAGUGUCUUUGACAAUGUUUACUUGAUCUCUGUCGGAAACUGCAUUGACUACCAACCAUUUAUUGGUGUUGGAAGAGUUUUCGUAAGAAGAGUUUCCUCCCAAAAAGAAGCUUUUCUUAUCAUCAAAUCAAUGUCAAAACCACUCGAAUUCGACAGAAUUGAAGAGACAUUACAUGAAUACUUUUUGUCUCUUUUCCCUUGUGUUCCGAGAAUUGUCGCAAUGUCGUGGCUGAUGAAAGGAAACCCUGUUUCUGAUCCAAACUGUAUUCCGAAAUACGACGUCUGCAGCCACAUGUUUCAGGUCGUUCUGGAUUCAAAGACUUUCUUGCAGAGUAAACCAAGAACAAAAAAUCCUUUAGUGAAGAGAAUUGAAGCUUACGCAACUAACAAAACAAAAAUUUCUAAAAAUUAA